GAGGAAGAAAUGGGAGCUAUCCAGGAGCGUAUUAUGGCCUUAGAAGUGCAUACUCAAGUAGCCUUAGACCAUCUGGAGACUGUUCCUGAGAAACUGAGCCUGUUAGAAGAUUUCAAAGAUAUUGGAGAGUCCUGUUGCCCAAGGGAAAUUAUUGAGGAAAGAUAUACAAAAUAUAAAGAACUACUAUGUUCUUUACAGCAACAGCUGGAAGAUUCAAAACGAGUAGUUCAACAAUUCAAGAAUGUGAAAAUUGAUGCUGAAAUUUCAGAUAUAGAAAUGGCUGCUCCAUCUUCUAGUUGGCAAACUCAAAACAGCUUUUUGUCUAGAUCACUGCUCUCCAAUUCAGGUUCAUUUAUGAAAAGAACAUCUCCUUUUGAUACAAGUGCCACAAAGGAAGAUUCUGUUAAUGUUGCUGUCAGUGAAAUGAAGCUGCAAGCAGAAAGAGGGAAGCACUAGAAAAUUUUACAAAAACACACCAUCUUUCUCUGUGGUAAAUUCCCUUCCACUCUUUUUGGGUUUUGAACAGUAAUAAUCCCAUGUGUUAUAGGGGUUAUGUAAGUAAACACUUACAUAAAAGAGCACAAAGAGUGAGUCUAAUGAACUCCUGUGAUAAUUUAUGUAACUUGUACACCAAAGAUUUUCAAGGAUUAUGCUAUUCUCUUGUAUUUGUUUCUGCAGUCCUCCUAAAUGAAAUUCAUUCUGUUCCUGAAAUACCAUGAAAUGAAAGACCUGUGAGAAUAAUCUUUGCUAUGAGUUUAUUUACCCCUG